UUUUCGUGAGAAUAGUUCAACCAAUUAGAGAGAAAAAAAAAAAGGGAAGAACGAGUCUCUCUCUACAAUUCCUUAAAAAUAGAAAACCUGAAUGACUAUCGUAGGGAAAAAAAAACCGACAGUCCCUCCCUAUAAAUUUACCCUUCUUUUACGAGCUUUGAUAACCCAAUAAAGAAAAAAAACAAAUAAAAUAAUAAAAUGGCAAAAGCUUCAGUCAUCGCCCUUGUUUCCUUGGCAAUCUAUCUGUCGUCCCUCAGCUUCUCCGAUGCCGAAGACACCUUCUUUGUCGAAGGCAAAGUUUACUGUGACACUUGCCGUGUUGAAUUUGAGACUAGACUCAGCGAACCUAUCAAAGGUGCAAUAGUGAAAUUGGAAUGCAGGAAUCGUACCAUUGAUGGCAGUAUCACAUACAGCCAUGAGGCAGUUACAGACGAGUCGGGCAAAUACAGUAUCCAAGCCAAGGGCGAUCACGAGGAAGAAAUUUGCGAAGUUAGGGUUACCAAGAGUCCCAGGGCAGACUGUAAUGAAUUCAUGGAAUCAUGGAACAAAGCCAGGGUCGUCCUCACCAAGAAGGAUGGGAUAUUGGACCCCCGUCGAUUUGCCAACGGUCUUGGGUUCUUGAAGAAGGAAGCUGUUCCGGGAUGCGCCGAAGUUCUUAAAGAAAUGGGUUUCCUUCCUCUUAACUCAAGGAAAACAUUGUAACUUGUCGCAAAUAUCAACUUUUGCCUAUAUAAAAAUAACAAUGUUUGGCAUCAGGUUUUGUUCAAUCAUAUGGACAAACCUUGAUGCUGUAAUAGAAUGAUCUUAAUUGAACAAUAUACAAGAUGGGUUUCAUACAUAAA